AUGACAUCAGGAUUCAGCUACGAAGAGGUGCUUCUGUUGUCAGAAGCUAAACGACAGAAGGUUCAGCCACCUGCACACGUUAUCAACCGCAGUGAAGAUGACAGGGACCCCGAUGAAUUGGUACAUAACUUGAGAAAAUUGAUCGCAAAAUCUCAA